AUUCAAACACAAGUGGACACCGUUUUUUAUUUUCCACUCAAACACUCAAAGAAAGCAAAACACCGGUAACCCAACCCCCCUCCGGUCAUUGCCCCCAAUUCUUUUUGACCAUCGCCUAUGUCCCUCCGCAUCUUCAUCCUGUGGCUCCACGGCUCCGGCGAUUCCGGCCCCGCCAACGAGCACGUCCGCGAAUUGUUCACCUCGCCCGAGUUCGAGAACGCUGAAUGGUCCUUCCCCACCGCCCCUCCCAUGCCCAUCACCCGCGAUGGUGGUGCAGCCAUCCCUGCAUGGUUUGACAUUACUGAAGUGCCUAUUACUGCCAAAUCUACAAGAGAUGAGAAAGGAGUUCUAAAAGCUGUCCAGGUUGUGCAUGCGAUGAUUGAUAAGGAAAUAGCUGAUGGUGUAAGUCCUGGAAAUAUAUUCAUUUGUGGGUUUAGUCAAGGAGGUGCCUUAACCACAGCAAGUAUUAUGCUUUAUCCAAAAACUCUGGGAGGAGGCGUUGUCUUCAGUGGAUCAGUUCCUUUAGGCUCUUCAAUUGAGAAACAAAUUCCUCUCGAAGCUAGAAAGACACCGAUAUUGUGGCUCCAUGGUAUGGCUGAUGAUAUUGUGUUAUUUGAGGCUGGGCAAGCUGGUUGCCACUUCUUAGAACAACUUGGCAUGAGUUGCGAAUUUAAGGCUUACCCUGGCCUUGGACAUGUGAUAGUGGAUGAGGAAUUGGAAUAUUUCCAGUCGUGGAUCAGGAAUCAUCUAAAGAAGUCAGCUUAAAUCACCAAUUACAACUUCUGCUGUGCAAUCUUCAGCAUAUUCUCUAAUCAGCCCUUCCGUCUCAAGGGCCACGCAUUGUGAUUUUAUUAUUUGUCUCAAGUUUCAGUUGUUCUUGAAGGCCUGAAGAUUUCAUUAAAUAUGUGCUUUCUCUUUGCAAGGAUUUAUUGUUGUUUCAUGUUGCAUCAAAUUUCAGUGGCAAUUUGCUGGUGAAUGGUAAUUUAAAGGUUAAGCAGCAGUGGUUGUUAUUGUAUGCUAU